AUGGACAAAGUGCGCCGCCUCUCCGCCACCGCGGCCGGCGGGCCCAAACGCAACAACUCCAUCAACCACGCCGCCGACGCCGACCUAGCGAAAAUGGGCUAUGAGUCCAAACUCCCGCGCUCCCUCUCCAUGCUGUCGAUCCUCGGCCUCUCCUUCGCCAUCAUGGCCGUGCCCUACGGCUACUCCACCACCAUGACCAUCUCCCUGACCAACGGACAAGCUGUCACCUUACUCUGGGGCUGGGUGCUCGUCUCGCUCAUCUCCCUAUGCAUCGCCGCUUCGCUCGCUGAGAUCUGCGCCGUCUAUCCAACGGCGGGCGGGGUGUACUACUGGAGCGCGCAGCUGUCGAGUCGCGAGUGGGCGCCCAUUGUGAGCUGGAUCGUGGGCUGGUUGAACCUCAUCGGGAACUGGACCGUCACGCUGAGUAUCAACUUCGGCGGCGCGCAGCUCAUCCUUAGCGCUAUUACGCUGUGGAGGGAGGACUAUGUGCCGAAUGCCUGGCAGACUGUUCUGAUGUUCUGGGCGGUGAUGCUUGUUUGUUUUCUGGUUAAUGCUUUUUGCGCGCCGUAUUUGGAUUUUAUCAAUAAGUUGUGCAUUUACUGGACGGCGGCGAGCGUGCUGAUUAUUUUCGUCACGCUGUUUGCUAUGGCGGAUAAUUACCGCGAUGGAGCAUAUGUGUUUGGACACUUCGACGCCAGCGCUUCGGGAUGGAUGCCUGGGUGGAGCUUCUUCGUCGGAUUACUACAGGCUGCCUAUGUCCUCACGGGAUACGGACUUGUGGCAUCGAUGUGCGAGGAAGUGCAGAACCCCUCGCGCGAGGUGCCGAGAGCCAUGGUCUGGUCCGUGGCCGCCGCAGGCUUGACAGGUGUGGUCUACAUCCUGCCUCUCCUGUUCACGCUCCCGAGCGUCAAGGCUUUACUGGGCGCCGCCAACGGCCAGCCCAUCGGUCUCCUGUUCAAAACCGUCACUGGCUCCGCCGCCGGUGGCUUCGGCUUACUAUUCCUCAUCCUCGGGAUCAUGUUCUUCGCCGGCAUAGGCGCCCUCACAGCCUCCAGCCGCUGCGCCUACGCCUUCGCUCGCGACGGCGCCAUCCCGGGCUACAAAUGGUUCGGCGCGACCAACGACCGUCUCGGCAUCCCGCUCUGGGGGCUCGUCCUCUCCACCGUCGUCGACUGCCUCCUCGGUCUCAUCUACUUCGGCUCCUCCACAGCCUUCACCUCCUUCACCGGCGUCGCCACCAUCAACCUCUCCUGCGCCUACGGAGGCCCGAUCCUCGUGUCCAUGAUCCGCGGCCGGAAACUGGUCGAGCAUUCUUCGUACUCGCUGGGCAAGUUCGGGUUCGUGAUCAAUGGGAUUUGCAUCAGUUGGAUCUUCCUCGCCGUGGUGAUUUUCUGUAUGCCGGUUGCUUUGCCGGUUACGCCGGCGACGAUGAAUUAUGCGAGUGUGGUGUGGGCUGGCUUCGCCGCUAUAAGCAUGAUAUGGUACUUUGUCCAUGGCCGACGGAACUUCACCGGCCCUCCGGUACCCAAAGACGACAAUCAGGUGCUUCAAGGCGCUGUCGCGGACGAUAGUGAAAGGAAUCUUGCGAGUGAGACGGAAGUUCAGCCGAAGGCGGAGUAG